GACAUUGACGGAAAUGACGGACGAAUUUUGACAGCUUUGAUUGGAUAAAAAAUUGUUGUGCGCUAUCAAUAAAACUUAAUUUGUCGUUUUUAUCGUAGGUUCAACCAAUUUUAUAUUCUCAUCAUCAUGAACAGAAUAUUUGGUAGAGGAAAACCUAAAGAACCUGGUCCUAGUAUUACGGACUGUAUCACCAAUGUCGAUGCCAGAGCAGACAAUAUCGAGCAGAAAGUACAAAAACUGGAGAAUGAGCUUAGGAAAUACAAAGAUCAAAUGAACAAGAUGAGGGAAGGUCCUGCAAAGAACUCUGUAAAGCAGAAGGCUAUGCGGGUCUUGAAACAAAAGAAAAUGUAUGAACAACAACUGGAUAGUUUGCGAGCUCAGUCUUUCAACAUGGAGCAGGCGAACUACGCCACACAAACCCUGAAGGACACACAGGCCACGGUGACUGCGAUGAAAGACGGUGUCACUCAAAUGAAAAAAGAAUUCAAGAAAAUCAACAUUGAUAACAUUGAGGACGUAAACGAUGAGCUGGCAGACAUGUUGGAGCAAGCUGACGAGGUUCAGGAGGCGCUGGGCCGGCAGUACGGCAUGCCGGAGAUUGACGAUGAUGAGCUGGCCGCUGAACUUGAUGCUCUUGGCGACGAGAUAGCCCUGGACGACGACACGUCAUACCUCGAUGACGUAGUGAAGGCCCCGGCGGCGCCCGACAAGGAACCCGGCGCGGACAGCGUCCGGAACAAGGACGGAGUGCCCGUGGACGAGUUCGGACUGCCGCAGGUGCCUAGUGUUGUGCAGACGUCCCGUUAAAGUGAGGGUAGGUGAGCCUUUGUUCUUUGUGGGGCACAAUGUGUCUUUACUUGGUAGGGAUAUAAAGGUCAUUAUCGUUAUCAUCAGGGUAUUUAGUCUCUACUAAGCAGGGUACUCAUCUAGCCGUGUACAUGUAAUGUAUCAGAUACUGUAUCAAGUGAGUAGAUUGGCACGAGCCCACUGCAAGCUGCUCGCGCGAGGUUCGCAGGGAGAUCGUAGCGGCCCGCUGAGUGGCGGUAUCACUGCGAGCACAAAGGUGGCUCGCAGUAUGAUCCAGGAGCUCGCAGCCAGAUACGCGAUGACCGUGGACGAGCCCUACUCACUUGAAGGUUGGUUAUGUUACAUGCUACGUUACGUGCUACAUGGCAGGUGAGUACCCUGCCCUACAGGACGACGACCCUGUCUAAUUUACCAGAGGCAAAAAAAUGGGCAUACAGUCACCAUGCUAGUUAGACAGAUUGAGGAGACCUGAGGCGUCUCAUUUUGGUUGGGUUAUAAUGGUUACAUUUGCGUUGCAACUCUUUGGCUGCUUUUCUUCUCAGCUACAUCACUGGUAUUGACGUUUUAAGCGUUGUAACGAGAGCCAUCGUAUUUUUAUCAACAGAUGGUUCCACAAGCGGGUAAUGGCUUUCUUUUCAUCUAUAAAUGUGAUGCAUUGUCAUGAUACAGACCAACGCCAACCUCAAUCGUAAAUGGAUGUGGUAGUGGCGCCCACUGGUGUUCAUUUCACUGAUAUACGACGAUCAUUCCUGUGUUUAAUGCAUAUAAAUGCCAUCUUCUUUUAAAUCACCAUCUAACUUAGAAUACAUUAGAACAAAGACUCACCUGAUGUUAGACAUAGUAAGGUUACAGCAGUUCUCAUGGCUUCAGAGGAUACAUGAAAUUGCCUCAGCAUAAUGCUGUGAUUUCUUUGUUAUAGUAACUUCACCAUGCCUACGCAAAUAUAAUAUAAAUGUACAUUUAAAUAUAAAUUUAAUAUAUCUUAAGUUUUAUAAUACAAUUAUGCUUUUUGUUGUAAACCAAGAAUCACAUCGCGUUAACCGCUUUUGUUACUUUAAAUUGUGCAGUAAUUUCUGUAGAAUAAGAUUUGGCAAUUUUUUUACUGAUCAUGCAUACUUUUUUGGUCAGGGUUCUCUUUAGUGAUUUGAUAAUCAGAUCAAAUUAAAAAGGUUUAGGAGAGUAUAGAGAUUGCACUUUAACAUAAAAAAGUCCCACCUUUUCUUUAGUCGCCUGAUGUAUUUGGAAGUUAAUUAACGCAGGAAAACAUUCCAGAUUUUGUACAAUAAAAACAUUACAAUGGUUUCAGACUUGAUAAAAUAUACAUUUACAUAUAUCUGGUUAUCGGAUCACGACAAUAAUGCUUUCAAAUGUAUACGUAAUUAUUUUCCAGAAUCAUUGGUUCUUUUGAAAUUAACUACUAAUUAUGUUCAUAAUUGUAAAGAAAAUCAUUAUGUGAUUGCAAAUAGGAAAAUAUACUUUAUUGCAAAUUGCUAUAAAAUUAUAUUUGAAUACAUUAACAAUAGCAACACAAUUAUUUGAUUCUUAACACUUUCAUCAUUUACUUAGUAUAGGUUCUAAAAAGUAAAAAAAUUUGUUUAAAAUUGUGUCUAAUUGUUAUGUAACUUUAUGAUCUUUAAUAAGUUAUACCUUUUUAAA